ACCAGCAGCUGCUCUCUCUUGCUCGCUUUCUUCACACCACACCGGCGCAUUUCGCAUCACCUGCAGUUUCGUCUCAAGAUCAGUCCCGAGCGCCCGAUGGGGACGACGGCGGCGGCGGCGGCGGCGGAGGCGGCGGCGUCGGCGGCGACGCAGGCGUACGGCGAGCCGUGGUACUGGGACAGGCGGUACGAGACCGAUUCCGGACCGUUCGAUUGGUACCAGAAGUACCGCUCCUUGGCGCCCCUCGUCAAUCUCUACGUUCCUCGCGAGGAUCGCGUCCUCGUCGUCGGAUGCGGCAACUCGGAAUUUAGCGAGGGUAUGGUGGAUGACGGUUAUGAGGACGUGGUGAAUAUCGAUAUAUCAUCGGUCGUGAUUGAAGCUAUGCAGAAGAAGUACUCUAAUCGGCCUCAGCUAAAAUAUAUGAAAAUGGAUGUUCGAGAGAUGAGCGGCUUCGAUUCACGUUCCUUCAACACCGUGAUUGAUAAAGGUACACUAGACUCUUUACUGUGUGGGCAUAGUUCUCGGCAAAACGCUGCUAAGAUGCUCGAGGAAGUUGGGAGGGUCCUCAAGGAUAAGGGCGUCUAUAUUCUAAUUACAUAUGGAGCUCCAACAUAUCGGUUGAACUUGUUGAAAGAGACGGGCUCGUGGACAAUAAAACUUCACGUGAUAGAAAAGCUUGUUGGAAAAUCUGACCAUCUAUGGGAGCUAACAAACCCCAUUCCCUUGGACAAUGAAGGAAACUCCGGGGAAACACUGUUGGGCAGAAAUCCUGACGUUCACUACAUCUAUGUCUGUACUAAGGUCGGUUAAGAUGAUUUCAAAUCAGCUACCCAGAAAUGGUUUCGCUCGCAAGUUGGAGAGACCCAUGCGAGAAAGAUGACUUUACCUCAUAAGACGGGCCGCGUGAAGCCGUCCUUUUCAAGUAUGGUAAUAUCAUUGGUAGCCCUCUUGUUUUGCUCGUUGUCCAUGCAGGUAAACUCUACCGUGCACCUAGGAGCAUGAAGGGGCUGUUGUGCGAGUGUAGUCAUUCAACCAUUCUUUUACUUUGUACUUUGUAACAGAAGCAUCGUAUGUAGAGCCUCCCAGGAGUUUGGACACGUUUGUAUUAUGAUUAAUAUAGCGAUCAACUUCUUGUUUUA